CCAAAAGCAAAAAUGGAGGCUAGAGGAAAUCCGGAACAUUCCAUGAAAAGUGACAUCUGUGUCCAGGUGAAAGGAGACGGCGUCAGACGCAUCAUCACUGGAGUCCUGAGCAGGCCCAGAGGCUCCUCGGCAGGACGCGGUCAUCACUGGCUCUGGAGGAAGGUCCUGAGCCACUCCCUGGAUGAGGGGUGGAGCCUGAGCGGGUUCCUGUGUGGACUGAUGCUGGCCUCUCUGUAUGGGGUCAUAGCUUUGAUCCUGCAGAACCAGCCACUGUGGUUCUGUGUCCAUUCCACCCUGGUGGUGGCGCUGCCAACCGCCUUCAGUAUGGGUUUGUUCGCCGGAGUCCGGGCUGAUGUCAUGGUCAUGCUGCCGUCCAUGUUCUCAGCCCGUGGAAGACAUUUCCUGCUCUUCCUCUUCACUCUGGUUCUUCUCACUGGUCCAGUCCAGAACACGCUGGAGAACACAGAACGGGCCGCGGCCAGUCUGCUGUGUGGUGCAGAGCAGGCGGCCAAUCAGACGCAAGAGCUUCUGCGGCGCGCAAGCACACCGCUUCUAUCGGCUUUAGACAAAAUCCGAGAAAUCACCUCCAAAGCCUACGCCGUGGUGAACCGAGUCCACCGACUCAUCUACGCUCUGACCGACGGGGUCAGACACGUGGCUCGUAUCCUGAGGAACGUGCUCCACUUCCUGGUCCAGAUCGGAGACGUGUGCAACGAGAAGCUGGGCUCUCCCUACAGGAAAUGCCGGUCCGUGUUCAACAAAGGCCACGCGGACUGCGUCCUACAGUUGGGAGAAUUCAGUCCGCUGUGUGAUGUCAUCAAAGUCUUCAUGCCGCUCUGCAGCCUCACACGCGCUGCGGAGUUCUUCUGCAUCAUCCCGUCCUACAUUGCGGAACAUCUGAAGGAACAUCUGGCCGAUCCCGUGGUCAAAGCCUUCCAGAAAAUGAAGCGGGAGUUUGAGUUCAACAUCACGGCCACAGCGACCUUUGACCUGGAGGUGAACAGCAGUCUGACGCUGCAGCAGAUGACGCAGGACAUCAUGGCUGAGGUUUCCUCAGACCUGCACCGGUUCCAGGACCUCAGUGAGCCCUUGAAGUACGUCGGUCUGCUGCUGCUCCUCCUCUCCUUCGUCAGAGCAGCGCGGUACAGACGGCGCUAUCUCAGCGACCUGAACUUUGACAACAUCUACAUGACCGCUCAGUUUGAAAAGCUUGACCAGAAGUUGGUGUCGGAGGGCGCGGUGUCAGUCUGGCCAAUCACGCGCCGAGAAGCCACAACCUACAUCACACCACUCUCUUUGUCUCUGUCUCGUAAAGAGAAGAAGACAGUGUUAGUGGGCGUGGCCUCUGUCGUCAAGUACCUGGUGGUGGGAGGAGUGCUGGUGGCCCUGGACUUCCUGGUCUUCUGGAUCCUGGACCAGGUGCGUCACCAGCUGACGGGGGACGUGGUGGCUAGAGCUCCUGUUGUGGUCUCGGUCCAGGUAAAUGGGUCUGGAUACGCCUCGGACAUCUUCAGAGACCUGGUGUCCUCCUUCAAUGUCCUGCAGACAGGAAACAUCACUGUCAUCAGUGGGAAGUGUCUGCUGAGACCUUUACAACCGGACUACUACAGCUGCCUCCUGCUGGGUUUCCUCAUGGGUUUGUCCCUCGUCAUCUCUGUGACCGGAGGCUUCGUCAAACGCUCCCGACGACUGGUCUGUGCUGCGUAUUAUCCACAGAGAGAGGAGGAGAGGAUCCAGUUCCUCCGUCAACAGAUCCUGGAUUUGAGGAGGGCCGAGGGCGUGGCCCUGAGGAGGAGCGCAGUCAGGAGUCUGGCAGAUCGAGGAGAAGGUGGAGGAGAACAGAGUCUUCCAGAAAAGCUUCUGCUGUGGUUUCCUGGAGGAUCUCGUCUUUCCCGCCUCGUUGGUAUGACAUCGACAGUCACGUGUGUGAGUUGCGGGGAAGAGCUGAGGGCCAAUCAGAUGGACAGAGUGGUCUGUGAUGUCCCGCAGUGUCCAGGCCUCUACUGUCGCCCGUGUUUCCACAGUUUGGGAAACACCUGCGUCGUCUGUACUCGACCUCUGACCUUUCAGGAAGACAGUGAGGAGGAGAUAGACUCCAGCGAUGACGAGCAGCUGAGUUUGUGGACGGCAGCUCUGAGGUCCAGGAGGCUCGCGGACCCACAGACCCGGACUCUGAUGGAGAAGAGGAUCGCUGUAGCAACGCGUCGCAGAACCACCGGUCCAGAGGAUCCGGGAGACUCGGAGCUCAGUGAAGCCGACAUGACCUACCAGGACCAGAACUGUUCAGAUGAGUCUGACAGCGGAGAGUCUGACCGAGUCUCUGCCUCCCCAAAAACCAGCAGGCACCAGGACCAGGACCAGGACCAGGACCAGGACCAGGACCAGGUGCUGGUCUCGGUCGUUGUGCACAAACCAGACCAGGGUCCGUGAAGAACUAGACCGUGAGCAGGUUUAGGAUCUAACGAGAACCGGACCACGAGCCGGAACUUUAACCUCAUUAACUGUCAGUGGAGUUGAGGGACUGGAUGAACUGGGUGUCAGGGAAGUGUGGAAUAGAUAAUAAUGAAAAAGUCGAUUAAAAAAAUACAACCCAUGUACUGUAGUACAUCUGCUGAAGUAUUUAUGGUAUUUAAGUAUACAGUAUUUCAGACUGCAGUCCACAUCUGGUCCGUGAGCCACAUGUUUGUUGAUCAGGCUCCAACACCAGUGGACAUGUUUGAAUUCCCCACGUCCUUGAGGACACUCCCCCCCUCCUCUCCUCCCUCCCCUCUCCUGUGCCCCUCCCUGUAUGAUUUAUUUUAUUUUCUGUUUUUAUUUGAAUGUGUUUGAAGUGAAAACUCCGUCCACGGUCGACUGUGUUCAGUUUGAUGUUUUAUUUUUCGUAGCUGUUGAACUUUGACACGUGUUCCUGAACUGAAGGUGUUAAAUAUGAACAUACUGGGUGAAUAUAUAUUUUAAACACUUUUUAGCC